GUAGCAACGCCACGAUGGAGUUCCUCGCGGCGCCGUGGAACGACAGCGAGACGUCCGCCACCGCCAACACCACCAAUGGCUCGGCGCGGCCGCCCCCUCCGGCCGCCACGCUCGAUGCCUCCGAGGCCUCCUCCUCCUCCUCAGCGGCCAAGGUUGCCACCUCGUUGACGCUGGCCGCCCUGGCGCUGGCCACCGUCGUGGUGAACGCGCUCGUCAUCGCGGCCAUCUCGGCCACGCGCAAGCUGCGCCAGCCCGCCAACUACCUCAUCGGCUCGCUGGCCGUGGCCGACCUCCUCGUGGCCGCGCUGGUGAUGCCCGUGGCGGCGGCCUACGUGGUGACGGGCGAGUGGGCGCUGGGCGGUGCCCUCUGCGACCUGUGGCUCAGCCUGGACGUCACGUGCUGCACGGCCUCCAUCCUGCACCUGUGCGCCAUCGCCCUCGACCGCUUCUGGGCCAUCACGGACGCGGCCGAGUAUGCGCACAAGCGCACGCCGGGCCGCGCCGCGCUCAUGAUCGCCGCGUCCUGGCUGCUGGCGGCGUGCAUCUCGGUGCCGCCGCUCUUCUGGCGCCGGCGCGACCCCACCAAGCCGCGGUGCAUCAUCGAGCACGACCACGUGCUCUACACCAUCUACUCCACGUUCGGCGCCUUCUACGUGCCGCUCGCGCUCCUGCUGGCGCUCUACUGCCGCAUCUUCCGUGCCGCCAAGCAGCUCUACGAGAAGCGCGAGUCGAAGCAGCGCGAGAAGCUGAGCGUCAGCGCAGAGAGCGCCGUGAGCCUGGAGCAGCCUCCACAGUCGCAGCAGCAGCAGCAGCAACCGGCCGGUAAGCUGUUCCGGCUGCCGCAGCCGUUCUGCAUGUCGGAGACCUCCUCUUCGGACCAGACGCUGGCGCAGGCGGAGCGCUCCGGGCACCACCAGCAGAGCGUCGGCGCGGCGGCGCGGCGCUCCAAGCGCUCGCUGCGCCCGCCCCGCUCCGUGCGCUUCAUGAGCGCGCGGCUCGACCAGCGGCGGCCGUGCCUCCAGGAGCGCAUCUCGGGCUCGCGCGAGCGCCGUGCCGCCAAGACGCUGGGGCUCAUCCUGGGCGCGUUCGUCGUGUGCUGGCUGCCGUUCUUCAUCAAGGAGCUCGUGGUGAACCUGUGCAAGUCGUGCGCCGUGUCGCCUGAGGUGGCCGACCUCCUCACGUGGCUCGGCUACAUGAACUCGCUCAUCAACCCGCUCAUCUACACCAUGUUCAACGAGGACUUCAAAUCGGCCUUCAGGAAGCUCGUGUCCAGGCAGCCGAGGCUGUGAGGGCGCUCUCAGAUGGUGGGGCCAGGAGGGAUGUGGAGAUGGCGAAGGCCGACGAGCCGACUGGCUGGCCGGCUGGCUGACUGGCUGGACGACUGGCUGACUGGCUGACUGACUGGCUGGCUGGCUGAAUGGCUGGACGACUGGCCGGCUGACCGGCCGGCUGGCCGACUGGCUAGCCUGCUGGCUGGCUGACCGGCUGACUGGCCGGCCAGCUGGCCUUCGCAGGACUGGAAGUGAUGACGGCCGAGGCUAGAGACUAACGGUGGAGUAGGCAGCCAAAGGGAUGGAAACGUGAAGGCGUCACAUAGGAUUUCAGCCGAGGAGAUGGAGCGAUGGGUUCGGGUCGUGUAUGUACGUACGUGUGUUGAACUUCUUUUGCACCGCAUGUAGCCAACCGCGCUAAUCGGAGGUGCGGGCGGGGGACAACAAACUAAACGCAAAAAUCAGUUAGAAAGAAAUUAGUUGGUCGAUGUAAAUGAUUUAAAAGUGCAUAGCUCCAGUGGCUUUCUCAUAUCGGAAGGAAGAGCGUUCCAGACGGCCGCAGAAGUGCGUGUAAAAGCGCGCGAUGCGGUAACCGUUUUUGUUCAAUGGCUAAUCAAAGCUCGCCGCUGCUGCGAGAAUGACCGGAGUUCACGUGACGAAGGUUUAUUCUCCUUGGCGAGAUCAGAACCCGGGUCGUGCGCUGCGGGUGGCCGGGUGGAUGGUUGCAUCGCAGGAUCGUGAGAAUUGGCGGCGGCUUAGGGAGGCCUCCGUCCAGCAGCAGAUUGAGCGCGGCUGAUGGUGACCGAAACGUCUUGACAGUUGUAUCCUCACGGAGGGUUUAUUCUCUACGGAGAGCCCCCGCUGCCUCAACUCACAGCUCCCGUUGCGGAGUGGUAGAUGUGCGUAACGAAUAUCGUCGUAUUGGGGAAGGGGAUCGUUUUUCGGUUGUCAUUAUUUGGUAUAAAUAUGCGGGGCAAAAACACAGAAAAACACGUGCUCAGUUUUCAGAUAUAGCUUAGAUGUGUGAAGAUGUGGCGAGUUCCUCAGUGUUGAGACAAAACGCGGACUGAAUGAGUGCAUUUAACGGAGAUUGCCAUGGGUUGUAUGUAUGUGUGUACAAUGUUGAACUUCUUUCACGCCAUUCGUAGCCAACAGUGCUAAUCGGAGGUGCGGGGGAACGACAACAAACUUAACACAUAAAGCAGUUCUAAAGAAAUCCAGAAGUACAUAGCACCAGCGGCUUCCUUAUAUCGGAAGGAAGAGCGUUCCAGACGGCCGUAGAAGUGCAUCCUAAAUUGAGCGCAAUGUGGUGACCGUCUUUGUUCGAUGGCCAGCCAAAAGCGUGCUGCUACGAGGAUGACCGGAGUUCACGUGAUGGUUUAUGCUCCUUAACGAGAUUAGCAAAGGUAUUGUGGUUCAUUUGUGGCAAGCACUUUGUGUGUAAUGAGUGUCUGGAAUAUUGCACAUUUUUUGCCUCCGAACCCAGAUUAUCUUGUGAAAGAACCUUAACUUAUUUUAUUUUUAUUAUUUUAUUAAUCCCUGUACAUUUCUGUAAAGCUCCUGUUGAGGACAAAUGCAGUGUAAUAUAUAUGUACAUAGACAUUUGUAAUGGCGUGUACAAUGGCUAAGUUAUCAGGAUUCAUAAACAAUUCAUACAAAUAAAGGCCAAGG